AUGUUUAGAAACUGCGACAUUCCGAAAACUUUAAAAACCGCUAAAAAACCCAGUUACAUACACAAAGUUGGCGAACAACCUUUAAAAUAUAUCACGAUUGGACAACUUUUGGAAGAAACGGCCAACAAGUUCGGCGAACGGAAAGCCAUAAUUUCGCUACACCAGAAUGAAUCUCUGACAUUCUCAGAGCUUUUACAGAGAGCCGACAAACUGGCUGCAGCUUUGAAAAUCUUAAAUUUGGAGAAAAGUGACCGAUUGGGAAUCUGGGCUCCGAAUUUAUCGGAAUGGUAUAUAACCAUGAUGGCAUGUGCGAGAGCUGGUUUGAUUGGGGUAUAUUUGAACCCGCUUUUUGAAGCUCCGGAGAUAGAGUACAGUAUUAAUAAAACUCAAAUAAAAGUAGUGGUGUGUGGUGAUAAAUUUAAGCAUCUCGAUUAUUACGAGAGUUUGUUAGCUAUAACUCCAGAACUGGAAAACUGCGAACCUGGAAAACUCAAAAGUAAAAAAAUGCCAUCCCUUAAAACAGUCAUUCGCAUUAGCGAAGAUGUUAAACGAGGUACUUACAAUUUUCGUCAAAUUUUGGACCUGGCAACUAGUAGCGAAAUUGCUAAUAUACAAAAAUUGCAACACAGUAUCAGUCCAGAUGACGCCUGCAGCCUCCAUUUCACUUCAGGAACCACAGGAAAACCAAAAGCGGCUUUAACCACCCAUUUCAAAAUGGUAAACAACGGAUUCUUGGCUGGAAAAAGAAUGGAAUUUUCUCGCAAACAUCACACAGUUUGUCCGCAAGUACCAUUUUUUCAUGUUUUUGGCACCAUCGUUGUUAUCAUGACGUCACUGUAUUACGCUAGUACUAUAGUUUUACCAACAGACGGUUAUCAACCCGAUAAAACUUUGGAUGCAAUGAAAAAGGAGAAGUGCACGGUCAUUUAUGGAACUCCUACGAUGUACAUCGACCUCGUUGAACGUCAAAAAAGACGUAAAGAACCUGUAUCUGCAGACAUAGCUUUCUUAGGUGCUGCCCCAAGCUCACCAUAUCUACGAGAACAGAUUUUAGAAACCUUAAAUAUUUCGAAGCUUUAUUCGUCUUAUGGGCUAACAGAAUGUAGUGGAUUAGUGUACCAAACGAUACCAACAGACUCUCAAGGAAAGUCUCCAAUAAUUGUAGACUAUGUACAAGAACAUAUUGAGGUUAAAGUAAUAAAUGAAAAUGGUGAUUUGGUACCUUUUGGUACUCCUGGUGAACUGUGCGUACGAGGUUACAGCAACAUGUUAGGGUAUUGGGAAGACGAAGAAAAAACAAACGAAAUUUUAGGAAAAGACGGCUGGCUGAGAACUAGAGACCAGUUCAUUCUUCAAGAAGAUGGAAGUUUAGAAGUGGUCGGGAGACUAAAAGAUAUGAUUUUACGAGGUGGAGAAAAUAUUUUUCCAAAAGAAAUCGAAGAAGUUCUGAUUUCACAUCCUAAUAUUUUGGAAGUACAGGUAGUCGGUACACCACAUAAAAGACUGGGAGAAGAAGUCUGUGCGUGUGUGAGAUUUAAACCACAAUCCAAUUUAACCCUUGAAGACCUGGUAACUUUUUGUAAAGGAAAGUUGGCAUUUUUCAAAAUUCCCACGAGGAUGGAAAUUUUCUAUAAUUUUCCUCGAACAACUUCAGGGAAAAUUCAGAAAUUUAAGCUUAUAGAAAUACUGUCUGAAAGAAAAAUUUGA